AUUGAAAUAUAAUGUUUUAUAUAUAUCAUUCUACUAUUCUAGUAUCUAAUAAAAACAGGAACAUAGUUUUGAUUAAAACUGAAAAUAAAACAUUGCAUUGAAAAAAGGAGAAGAAAUGGAAACAACUGUAAAUAACAGAUAAACGCAUCUGAGACCAACAACAAAAAAAAAAGGACCCUUUUUCUCUUACCUGUUCCUGUUGUCGUCGUCGUCGUCGCUGGGUCAGAAUCUCGUUCUUGUGUUUUCUCUUCUCCUCUCGCUCCCCCCAUUACAAAUCUGUCUGUUUCUCCUCGUUAUUAAGCCAGAAACCUAGACGAGGAAAGCCAGAAAAGGGUAGGAUUAGGGGUAAUUAUUAGUUCGUCACCACCCAUUGGAUUGCUAGGAGCUCCACCUCUGGCUCUCAACAACAUCUGUUUGUUGCGUAAUUUCAAUUAGAUUUGUUCCAGAAACAAUAAAGUUUUUUUGGAAUUGUGGCGUGUGAACCAAGGAAGGAACUAGGUAUGCGUUUCUAUCUGAUCUUUGAUCAUUCGUGUCAUCUUAUUAUUAAUACAGAUUGCACUGAUCCCUGUCUUUGUUAUGGUAUCCCUGCUUCCUACUUAAUAAUUAAGGAAUAUGACGAACACAAAAUGUUACGUCGUGAUGAGAUAUUCGAUUGCAAGGCUUUAGGAUAAGGAACUUUGGGAAUCCAAGGCAAAAGGGGCUUUAUUAUAUGGGGCGAGCAUUGGAAUCAUCUGGUGCUCUUUUUCCAGUUUGCUAUUGUAAUCUCAACUAUCUUACUUGGAAUGGCUUGUUUCCAGAGAAAUAUUCCCACAGAGAGGGAGAAUGAGCAGGCGAUAGCAAUUCUGAAGAAAGGGGCCUAUCUAUUGAAAUACGGACGCCGUGGGAAGCCUAAAUUCUACCCUUUUCGGCUUUCAAGCGAUGAAAUAUAUUUGUUGUGGUAUUGUGGCAAAAAGGAGAAACGUCUUAACCUGAGUUCUGUGACAAGGAUCAUACCUGGACAGCGAACUGCAGUUUUCCGACGAUAUCCUCAACCAACCAAGGAAUAUCAAUCAUUCUCUCUUAUAUAUGGCGACCGAUCUCUGGAUUUGGUAUGUAAGGACAAGGAUGAAGCUGAGUUCUGGCUCACUACCCUUCGAGCUCUUCUCUCACGAAACAACUCUUCUGCAUUGGUACUUCACUCAAGAAGCCGUAGUCUUGCUCCUGACAAUGGAGAACAGAGUAGUACGAGCAAGAACUUUACGUCCAACAUUAGAUCCGUCAGCAGUGACACAAGCUACGAGGAACAUGCAAAAAAGGCCUCAGGAUCUCACAGCAACACUCCACAGAGACUGGGGAAAGUUUUCUCAGAGGUUUUGUCACAAACUGCAGUACUAAAGGCACUCUCUUUGGACGAACUGAUCCAUAAACCUCAUACUUCGCUUCCAGAGGCUAUAGAGAAUCGAUCUACUAAUCACUCCCCUGCCGUUGAUCUAUGUAAAUAUAGCAUUUCCAGCGCAGUGAGCUCAUCAAGUCAAGGAUCUUCAUUUGAAGACUUGAAGUCUCUCUGUGAUGUCUUCGUUUGGGGAGAAAGUAUUGGAGAUGGGCUAUUAGGAGGUGGUAUGCACAAAAGUAGCAGCAGCUCUUCUCUAACGACCGAGUCUUUUUUGCCCAAAGUCCUGAAAUCACAUGUGGCACUUGAUGCCCAGAGUAUUUCUUGCGGCACCAAUUAUGCAGUGUUAGUCACAAAGCAGGGACAGCUGUACAGCUGGGGAGACGAAUCUGGUGGAAGGUUAGGACACGGAGUUUGUUCCUACGUUCCACAUCCAAAACUUAUUGAUGAAUUUGACGGAGCAACUGUGGAGUCAGCUGACUGUGGAGAAUUUCAUACUUGUGCUGUAACAGCCUCAGGGGAUUUAUAUGCUUGGGGCGACGGAGCACAUAAUGCCGGUCUCCUUGGACUUGGUAGUGAAGCUAGCCAUUGGAAACCAGUACGCAUCCUUGGUCAGAUGGAGGGUAUAAAUGUUAGAACUAUAUCUUGCGGACCUUGGCAUACAACUUUUGUGACAUCAGAAGGUAAGCUGUUUACAUUUGGUGAUGGUACUUUUGGUGCGCUUGGGCAUGGUGAUCGUAUAAGCACAAACAUACCUAGAGAAGUCGAUGCGCUAAGUGGCUGCAGAACGAUAAAGACAGCUUGUGGUGUUUGGCAUUCAGCUGCUGUUGUCAGUGUUUUCGGUGAGGCCACAUCAUCAGGAAAGCUCUUCACUUGGGGUGAUGGAGACGAUGGGAGACUGGGACAUGGUGAUAUAGAGUCUAGACUAAUCCCAUCUUGUGUAACUGAACUGGAUACAACUAGCUUUCAGCAGGUAGCUUGUGGUCAGAGCAUUACCAUUGCUCUCUCUGUGUCUGGACAAGUUUACGCAAUGGGAAUUGCUGAUCCGAGUCAAGAUAAUGCUGUGAGAGCUCCUUCUUGCAUUGAAGGGGGUCUAGGAAAGAGUUUUGUCCAAGAAGUGGCUUGCGGGUUUCACCAUAUCGCGGUUUUGAACGCAAAAGCUGAGGUCUACACUUGGGGCAAAGGAUCAAACGGACAGCUCGGGCACGGAGACACCGAACAUAGAAGCACGCCGACUCUUGUGAAAGCUUUGAAAGGUAAACAAGUGAGGAAAGUGGUGUGUGGUUCUAAUUACACAGCAACCAUUUGUCUUCACAAACCAAUUACGGGUACUGACAGUUCUAGGUGCUCCGGUUGUCGCCAUCCUUUUAACUACAUGAGGAAGCUCCACAACUGUUAUAACUGUGGGAGUGUCUUCUGUAAUUCAUGCACUAGUAAGAAAUCCUUAGCAGCAGCCAUGGCUCCCAAAACGAACAGGCCUUACCGUGUUUGUGAUGACUGCUAUAUCAAACUCGAAGGAGUUAGAGAAUCUUUAAUAACCCCGGCGAGUAGUGCUAGAUUUUCAAAUGCAAGUCUACAAUCUAGCUGUAACGAGAUGGACGACAUUGGCAUAACACCGCAGCGUCAGCUUAUUAGGGUGGAUUCAUUUGAUUUCUUCAGACAAACUAAGAUCCCGGACCUGAAAACCAUUGGUGAAACUUCAGGAGCAAGCUGCUCAUCGUCGAGUCACUCAAAUCUGGAUACUAAAGGUAGUUUUAACAUGAAAGGCAUACGGCAACUCUCCAGGCUUACCUCUUUUGAUUCAGUUAGCCAAGAAGGCAAACAACGCACCAAGCAUUGCGCUUCAAAAUCAGACACAUCCUCUCUUAUAAGACACUCAGUGACUUCUGGUAUCCCGUUUUCACGUCGAGGUUCUGUUGAGUUGUUUCCUUUGUCGAUAAAAUCCAGCCCGGUUGAAUCUGUUGCUACAACUUCCGACUUCACCGCCGACAUUACAGAUCAUGAUUUACUACAAGAAGGUCCCAAGAAAUCCAAUCAGUGCCUGAGCCAUGAAAUAUCAGUACUCAAAGCACAGGUGGAAGAGCUUACCCUAAAAUCAAAAGAACUAGAAGAUGAACUGGGAAUGACUUCAAAGAAACUCGAAGUUGCGGUGUUAAUGGCGCAGGAUGAUGCAGAGAAGAUCAAAUCUUCAGAAGAGAUAGUUAGGUCCCUAACUCUGCAGUUGAUGAACGCAACCAAGAACGAAGUAGACAAUACAAAGAGACGCCGAAGCUCAUUUUGAUUUAAAACUAUAGAGAACAACCUCUAAUUUUGAUCAAAGUAAGUGAAUAGAUUGAGAAUGUAAAAUUACAAGAUUUCUCAUUUUUGUCAAAUUACAUAUACCAAAAACAAAAAGCAAAUGUAGUAAGUAAUUACUUACAGAGCAGAGCCCAGAACAGAGAGCUCACAACACAACACAAA